AUUUUGCACGUCAAGUCAUCGUUUAUAUUUUUAUUUUGCUCAUAGACCAAGACUAUAGAUUUUAUUUAUCAUUAAUUUAGUUUAGGUAUAUUGUGUACAUAAUAUAAAUAUCUGUUGACUGUUUUUCUGUCACGACACUAAAUUAGUGACUUGGUAACGUCGCUCUCUUCACUUUUUGCAAAACAGACGCUCAGUGAGAAUCUAAUCGCGGCCAAUAAUAAUUGUUACGACAUCAAAAAUAGGUAUCAAUGAACGACACAAAGUUGUGACACUGAUUUAGAUUUACUGUACAUUUAACUACAAUUUAAGAUAAUUUCAUUAGAAAAUGUUUCUUUGGGAUUGGGUUACCGGCGUCCUGGGAUAUUUAGGGUUGUGGAAAAAAUCAGGAAAGUUACUAUUCCUUGGUUUAGAUAAUGCUGGAAAAACUACUCUAUUACAUAUGUUGAAAGAUGAUCGUUUGGCACAGCACACUCCAACAUUGCAUCCAACAUCUGAAGAAUUAUCUGUUGGAAACAUAAAAUUCACAACAUUUGAUUUGGGUGGCCAUUCUCAAGCAAGAAAAGUAUGGAAAGAUUAUUUCCCUGCCGUAGAUGCAAUUGUAUUUUUGGUAGAUGCUUGUGACAAAUCUAGAAUUAUGGAAAGUAAAAAUGAAUUAGAUUCAUUAUUGCUUGAUGAGUCUUUAUCUAACUGCCCCGUACUCGUCCUUGGUAACAAAAUUGAUAGACAAGGUGCAUUGAAUGAAACAGAAUUAAGAACUUAUUUUGCAUUGAACCAAACAACUGGAAAAGCUAGAGUACCCAGAACAGAUCUUCCAGGUCGUCCUUUAGAAGUAUUCAUGUGUUCUGUAUUGAAACGUCAUGGUUAUGGAGAAGGGUUCAGAUGGCUGGCACAAUAUAUUGAUUAAUGUUUAUAAUAUAUAUAUAUAUAUAUUUAUAUAUAUUAAAAAAAAUAUAUAUUUUAAUUUUUAAAUUCAUUCUUUUUUUACUGUUCUCUCUACCAGUAAGGUAUACAAUUUAAUGUAACAUGGCUAAACUUCCAAUCAAAUAAUUUUGUAUAAACAAAAUUUCAGUUUUUAUGUUGAUAAUUUUACUGAAGUAACACUUUUUUGUCUUGUACCACAUAUUAUUUUUUAUUUAGGUGUGCAGUAAUGAAAAAAAUAAAAGUUAAUUGUAUUUAA